UUCCUCUUCUUCGUCCUCCUCUUCUUUCUCCUCAUCCUCUUCCAGCUAGGUCACUGUGUGCAGCCCUGUGGUGCUUGAGGCUGGCUGCCUCACUGCCUGGCCUCCGCCCCGAGCUGGCAAACAAGAUGGAUGAGGUGUAAGAGUAGCACCGAAUCUGCUGCCCUGGGCUGGAAGUGGAGUCGGACCAGUCCUGACCUGAGCCAGCGCCUUAUCUGACCCUUUGUUUUUGGGAGGCAGCAGGAAGGGCUCUGUAGAUGGGAUGGCCGUUAGAACCGGGUCAUGGUUAUCUCCUCCUGCUUCUGUUCUUUGUUUUGGCUUCUUGCCCGUCUCCUCCUGAGCUGCGUCAUGUAUUCCUUUGUGGGUGUCAUGUACCUGCUGUCCCCAGGUCCCCUCACUCCAUUCUAUGGUCUCCACACCUCUGUCGCUGGCACUGCUUCACUGCCAGCCUCAAUGCCACUGAAGUCCAGUGCGAGGGGCAGGCUGCAGCGAGCCAGGCAAAUGUCAGUGCAACGACGCCUUUAGCUAACCAGCAGCCACUAGUUUUCUUUUUAAAAGAGAUGUUUUGGGGGGUCCCACCUGAACUAAGGCUGCCCUGGGAGGUGGUGAGAUCGCUGUCGUUGGAGGCGCUCAGCGACCACAGUGAUGUGGCACUGAGAGGCAUGGUCAGUGGGCAUGGUGGGGGUGAGCUUGGGGACCUCACGGUUCUUUUCCAACCUGAAUAAUUCUGUUAUUCUGAGGGAGCAGCCCUUGCAUUGACCCUGCUUGCUGGGUUUAUAGUGGCACAAAAAGCAGCUUACCUACUGCAUUUACAACCCAAAGGUAGCUGCUGGUGAUGCAGGCGGACACACCACGUAGGGCGGGUGGUCUUCUGUGCCGAUACGUGCCGAGCUGCUGCUGCACGGCUGCUUUUAUCUCUGAAGUAUUAAUAAAUGUGGCUCGCUAUUUAUAUGGGUCUUUUUAAGAGCCUGGCGGGGCUGCCUGGAAGGCUCGCGCGGCACUGCAAGCAUUCGGGGCUUUUUGUGCGUGCUUCAGCAGUAGAUAAGCAAGGGCAUCCAGCUGUCAGCUUUGGAGAUUGCCAAAGCCUGCUCAACGGGAUUUCUGCAGGCUUUUCUCACAAACGAGGAUUUUGUUAGGUGCUUCAGUUUCUGACUCGAUGCUGGUAAUCAAAUAUCUCAACUUGGCUUCGGGAGGCUGCUGCAGAUUGAGUGGUGAGGCUGUGCAGAGCAGGGCGAGCUUGUUGUGCUGUAAUUGAGAGGGGCUUAACGUUGGUGCUUCAGCCUGCAUUUUCUUUUUGUUUUAAAUGCUUAUCUUUCUAUCAGCAAUUCUUUAAAAAAGGGGCAAAAAAUCUUUCAUUUUGCUGCUGUCCUACUAAGCUUGCAUCGAGCUGCUGGGACAGCUGUUCUGUUGCAAGCUGUGAUAGCGGAGUGCUGUAAAAUUCAAAUUGUGUGGGUAUUGAUUUCUUUUUCCUCUCUUUGAGAUAACAAUAUGUGUACUUUUCACCUCUGCACAAAGACAAACAUCGGCGCUGUGCUGAGAAAGAGCAGAUCUGAAUGAAGACCUGAAGGUUAGAGAAGAAUUACUGAGCGUCUGACCCUAACUUCUGCAUUGGUUAAAUCUAUAUGGCUUAGCGUGUAGAUUACUUACUCUACAUGCUUCCCAUACUAGGGGAUAGGAAAAACAACUAAUGAAGGUUUGGAAAGCAGUUCCAUGUGCCAGCAGUGGCUUUUUUGCAUAUUGCAUGAGCUCUGCUCUGCACGUCAGCCCCAAAUGACUUAUUUCUUGCAUUAAGUAGGAAGUUGGAAAUAGAAAGUUUGUACCCUGCUGUGAUUUACCCUUGUGUUUUUUGUUGUUUUUUUUUGUUGUUGUUGUUUUCCCCUGCUGCCCUCUCUCUGAGCCGGGCUGGGAAGGAAGCUGUGCUGGUGCUGCCUUACCCCUGUCCCACUGGGAGAUGAGCUGUGCUCCGUCCCUCCUGUCCCUGUGCGUUGCAGCCUUUUGGAAUAUGUUGAAGAACCAGAAGUUCUGGGGUGGCGUGGAAAAUGUCAGCUCAGGUUUCCAAAGGGCGUAUUUGUAUUUCUGAGCACUGCCUAAGUGUCGCUUAAUCAUUAAGCAUCUGAUUUCCUCCAAGUUAUCUGUCAUGCUGCUUGUGAUCUAGCGCCCAGCAGGGAGGGACGCGGAGCGUUUCGGCCAUGGCCCCGAGGAAGAGGAGCGGUCGGGGGAUCUCCUUCAUCUUCUGCUGCUUUCGUAGCAGUGACCAUCCUGAGAUCACGUACCGCCUGCGCAAUGACAGCAGCUUUGCCCUGCAGACCAUGGAGCCUGCGCUGCCCAUGCCACCAGUGGAGGAGCUGGAUGUCAUGUUCACCGAGCUGGUGGAUGAACUUGACCUCACUGACAAGCACAGAGAAGCUAUGUUUGCCCUGCCGGCGGAGAAGAAGUGGCAGAUCUACUGCAGCAAGAAAAAAGACCAGGAAGAAAAUAAAGGGGCCACUAGCUGGCCUGAGUUUUACAUCGAUCAGCUGAACUCAAUGGCUGCUAGGAAAUCGCUGAUUGCUUUGGAAAAAGAAGAUGAGGAGGAGAGAAAUAAAACAAUAGAAAGUUUGAAGACUGCACUGAGGACAAAACCAAUGAGGUUUGUAACCCGAUUCAUCGACCUGGAUGGCUUGUCAUGUAUUCUGAACUUUCUCAAAAGCAUGGACUAUGAGACAGCAGAGUCUCGAAUACAUACCUCGCUCAUUGGAUGUAUAAAAGCACUAAUGAACAACUCCCUGGGCCGGGCUCACGUCCUGGCCCAUUCGGAGAGCAUUAAUGUAAUCGCUCAGAGUCUGAGCACGGAGAAUAUAAAGACAAAGGUGGCAGUGCUGGAAAUCAUGGGCGCCGUGUGCCUGGUUCCCGGCGGCCACAAAAAGGUACUGGAGGCUAUGCUGCACUACCAGAAAUACGCCAGUGAACGGACUCGUUUUCAGACGCUGAUCAAUGACCUGGACAAGAGCACAGGAAGGUAUCGGGAUGAAGUAAGCCUCAAGACAGCAAUCAUGUCCUUCAUCAACGCAGUCCUGAGCCAGGGGGCAGGCGUGGAAAGCCUGGAUUUCAGACUUCACCUGAGAUACGAAUUUCUCAUGCUUGGAAUCCAGCCAGUCAUUGACAAACUAAGAGAGCACGAAAACUCAACCCUAGACCGGCAUUUAGAUUUUUUUGAAAUGCUUAGAAAUGAAGAUGAACUGGAAUUUGCAAAAAGAUUUGAGCUGGUUCACAUAGACACCAAAAGUGCAACUCAGAUGUUUGAGCUGACGAGAAAGAGGCUUACUCACACAGAGGCAUACCCGCACUUUAUGUCCAUCCUGCACCACUGUCUCCAAAUGCCUUAUAAAAGAAGCGGCAACACUGUUCAGUACUGGCUGCUGCUGGACAGAAUCAUACAGCAAAUCGUCAUUCAGAGUGACAAAGGGCAGGACCCCGACGCCACUCCGCUGGAGAACUUCAAUAUCAAAAAUGUUGUCCGAAUGUUAGUCAACGAAAAUGAAGUUAAACAGUGGAAAGAGCAAGCAGAAAAAAUGCGGAAAGAGCACACUGAGCUUCAGCAGAAGUUGGAGAAGAAGGAGCGGGAGUGUGACGCAAAGGCCCAGGAGAAGGAAGAAAUGAUGCAGACGCUGAACAAGAUGAAGGAGAAGCUGGAGAAGGAGUCCAGUGAGCACAAACAGGUCAAGCAGCAGGUGGCAGAUCUCACGGCGCAGCUCCACGAGAUGAGCAGGAGGGCGAUCUGUGCUGCUGGCCCUGGAGGACCUCCUUUGCCACCAGGAGCUCCUGGUGGCCCUUUACCACCUCCAGCUCCAGGAUCCCUCCUUCCCCCUCCACCACCACCCCCACUCCCAGGGGGAUGUCCCCCACCGCCACCCCCCCCACCACCUCCUCCAGGUGGCCCCCCGCCACCUCCUGGUCCCCCACCCCUGGAUGGAGUGAUGCCCCCUCCAGGAGCACCACUGGGCUUUGCCUUCAAGAAGAAGAGCAUCCCACAGCCAACGAAUGCCCUGAAGUCCUUCAACUGGUCCAAGCUGCCUGAGAACAAGCUGGCAGGCACUGUGUGGACCGAUAUAGAUGAUGCAAAAGUGUUUAAAGUCCUGGAUCUCGAAGACCUGGAAAGGACGUUCUCUGCCUACCAAAGACAGCAGAAGGAAGAUGCUAUCGACGACACAUUGAGUUCCCGGCACAAAGUCAAGGAGCUGUCAGUCAUAGAUGGCCGGAGAGCUCAGAACUGCAACAUCCUUCUCUCCAGGCUGAAGCUCUCAAAUGAGGAGAUCAAACGAGCCAUUUUGACGAUGGACGAGCAGGAGGACCUCCCGAAAGACAUGUUGGAGCAGCUCCUGAAGUUUGUUCCAGAAAAGGGUGACAUUGACCUGCUGGAAGAGCAUAAGCACGAACUGGACCGCAUGGCCAAGGCUGACCGGUUUCUCUUUGAAAUGAGCAGGAUAAACCAUUAUCAGCAAAGGCUGCAGUCCCUCUACUUCAAGAAGAAGUUUGCAGAGAGAGUUGCAGAAGUCAAACCCAAAGUGGAAGCCAUCCGUGCUGGCUCCAAGGCAGUGCUCCAGAGCAGCAGCCUGCAGCAGCUGCUGGAGGUGGUCCUGGCCUUCGGGAACUACAUGAACAAAGGACAGAGGGGAAACGCCUUCGGGUUUAAGAUCUCCAGCCUGAACAAGAUCGCGGACACAAAGUCCAGCAUUGACAAGAACAUUACUCUUCUGCACUAUCUCAUCACUAUUGUUGAAAAGAAAUAUCCCAAAGUCCUCCGCCUGCAUGAGGAGCUGCGAGACAUCCCGCAGGCAGCCAAAGUCAACAUGACUGAGCUGGAGAAAGAAAUAAACACACUGAGGAGCGGCCUGAGAGCGGUGGAGACUGAGCUGGACUUCCAGAAGUCUCAAGUUCAGCAAGCAGGAGACAAGUUUGUGUCUGUUGUCAGCCAGUUCAUCACACUAGCCAGCUUCAGCUUCUCAGAUGUUGAAGAUCUUCUGGCAGAAGCAAAAGAACUGUUUUCCAAGGCUGUGAAACACUUUGGAGAAGACACAGACAAAAUGCAGCCUGAUGAGUUCUUCGGCAUCUUCGAUCAGUUCCUUCAGGCUGUGACAGAGGCCAAGCAGGAGAACGAGAACAUGAGGAGAAGGAAGGAGGAGGAGGAGCGCCGGGCGCGCAUGGAGGCCCAGCUGAAGGAGCAGCGGGAACGGGAGCGCAAGGCGAGGAAGGCGAAGGAGAGCGGUGAGGAAGGCGGUGAGUUCGAUGACCUUGUCUCAGCCCUGCGCUCAGGCGAGGUCUUUGACAAGGACCUCUCCAAGCUGAAGCGCAACCGCAAGCGCAUCGCCAACCAGCUGGCCGACAGUGGCCGUGAGCGGCCCAUCACCAAGCUUAACUUCUGAGCAGCGAAACAGAAGGACAACGGCGAAAACCGAGAGUUUCCAAACCCGGUUAGUGGUCUUUUUUUGAAGUGGCUAGGAUUUAUUUUGUUUUCAUUGUACUGCCUUGUGAUUCCAAGCGAAACAGUGGCACAUUCUUCCUCCCCACGGGUGAGCGUGUGUGUAUGUGCCAUGAGCGUGGCCGGGCCGGGUGGAGCUGUGUGUCCUGUGGGUGCUCGUCCCCUGCCCUCCGUCCCCUUGACAAGUGGCUCUCCCGAUGCACAAGCACAAUGUCAUGUCCUUGAAGAAAGAGACGACUUGGGCACAGAGACAUGAUCCACGUUGGUGACGGAGAGCUGCUCGGCAUCGCUCUCCUGACCCCAGGAGCUGCACAGGGCUGUUUGCUGGAUCGCAAAAGAGUAAAGAGGAGAAAACCAAGUGGACUGAACUUGAUGCGUUCUUUUCGUUGUCCUGGUUUUUCCCCAGACUUGCACUUAUGUGCUGGUCCCCAAGCUCGGUGCCACAAGCACUCCUGGCGAUGCUCUUCUUCCCGUUGUUUUUGGGAAAUGCUCUUUUUUUCCUCUUGCCUUGCUAAGGGAAGAGUUUACCCGAGUGUUCUACUUGCUCACGUGGCACCCAGAUGUAUUUAUACUUUUCUAACGCUUCCCGGCCCAAGGCGACGGGAAGGGUCGGUUCUCGGAGGCAACGAAGGGCAUAAACUUUCGUGUUGUCAUUUUUAUUCUCGCUUUCUGUUCAGUGGGACAAACUGUAUCCUCCGUAGAUGUCGGACAGGACAGAAGGUCACUCGGUGUGCAGCGGGGCCAGGGCCAAAGCUGCACCCCCCCCUUCUUGUCCAGUUUGGGUUUGUUGUUUUUUUCUUUUAAUGGGCACGCAGAAGCAACGACGCCACGAAGUGCUGUCUGUUAGCAACGCUUUGCUGUUCUACUAUGUCCUUGCCAAUCUGUAAGCAGAACUACCUGUAAAAUGUCGGUUCGGAAAAAAAAAAAGAAAAAAAAAAGAAAAAAAAAGAAAAAAAGGAAAAAAAAAAAAGAAGAAGAAAAAGAAUUCAGAGCUCUCAGGGAGUAAUAAUUUAAAGGUUUAGAAAAUUAAAAAAUUGGAGAAUAAAAAGUAAACGCAUUAACAUUUCUAUUCUUAAAUUAUGCUGAGUAUAUAGAGGACUGUUACUUUUUGCUCUUAUUUAUUUGUGGUAUGUUUUUUAAGGAAACGAGACGAAACCUUUUGAUACCACCGAUACUUUUGUGAUCUUUUGUUUGUUCGUUUGUUCUUUUUCCUGUGGAGAGAUGAGUUUGUCCCUGUUGCACUACAUACGAACGCUAUUUGAAGUAAGGUUGUUUUUUGUUUGGUUUUUUUUUUCUUUUUGGUCAGAUUAAUUGGUAUUGCAGAUGGGCUGUGGGAUGUCAGCUAACGUACUGUAUAGCAAAAGUGCUGUUGAAACUGAUUUGUAUAAAGAUAUGGUUCUAAGCACCUGAAGGCCGCCGGGUCUGCGUGCUGUGUGAAAGCUGUGAAAUAUCACUCUGAACGGAGUCGUCAAGAGCUGUGGUUUUACCAUUUUGUUCUUUUCUUCAUUGCAACUUCGGACACACUGUAGAUUAAAAAAAAAAAAGACAAAAAAAAAAGACAAAAAAAAGACUUUCCGAGUAGCAUAAAGCAGGUGAGCGCCAAAUGAGAGUCCAGCACCUCGUAUCCAAGCAGCUGUGCAACCUGCAGGUUCUGUUCAUAGGUGGAGUUGAGCACUUUGCUUUCAGAAGGAGAGGGAAAUAAAGACAAAAAGGUAAUGAUAAUACUAUUCCUUAACUAAAGUGCCUCUGUUUAUAUUUUUUAUUUAUGGCUGGAAAAAAAAAAAAAGACAAGCAAACAACGGGGCUGAUAAAAUUGAGGGAACGGACCUUGGGGGUGGGAUUAAAAAAAAACAACAACAACAAAGAAAAAGAUAAAAAAGGUUGAAAAUAGAAACCUAUGGCUUCUGAUGGUUUAAGGAAUGGUUGCUCGUGUCAGAUCUGCACGGCGGCUGGAUGGGAAAGGGCGGCCGCCUGCAGGUCCCCAGUGCCACAUUUCCUGACAGAUUCCCUCCUGCCUUCCCAGACCUGGUUUUUAUUGUUUGGUUUUAUGGCAGCCUUGUGGUUGGGCUGAAUUUUUGCCAUGUCUUUGUUUUUCUUUCCCCCCCCCAAAAAAAAAAAAAAAGAACAAAAGAUGUCUAUAUUAAUAACUGCAAAGGCUGCGUGCAGGUAAUUCCAUGUGCCAUUGUCGAAAACUACUUUUAGAUCGGUGCUGGUGUAAGUAGCCACUCUUUUCUCUUGGGUGUGUAUUUUAAAGACAGUUUGGUUUGGUUUGUUUGUUUUUUUUUAAUAAUGCCAAAAAAGGGGAAAAAAAAUCCGUAACAAUUUGUAAACUGAAGUAUAUGUCUUGGACUUUCUUAGCUUCGUAGUGACCAAGGUAGUGUGUUAGGUGCAAGAAUGUUAUUAGUCGUAGCUAGCAGGAAAUGCUGUGUAAUGUCAUGAGACUGUACAUUUUCUAAGAUGGCAACAUGCAAUAAAGAAAAGCGAUUCCGGUGAGUGUGCA